AUGAUUUCUGAGGUGAUCUAUGGCGGGGCGACCGGGGGCGGCAGCCUGUCUGAUGAGCUGUACUUAUUGGACAUCCGCAAUGAGGAAAGCUCUCAGUGGAUGUCUGUUCCCGUCAUGGGAACGACCCCGGGUAGAAGAUACGGCCACACCAUGAUUUUCAACAAGCCGCUGCUCAUUGUCUUCGGCGGGAAUAAUGGCCAGCAGGCCGAGUGUGACAUAUGGAUAUUGGAUGUGGAGCGCUCUCCAUUCCAGUGGCAGGAGGUCACAGUCAUGGGAAAGCGUGGGCCAUUGCCACGUGUCUACCAUUCGGCAGAGGUGUGCCGUGAUGGCCCUGCAGCUGGGAUGAUGGUUGUUUUUGGCGGCCGGACUGCUGAGAACAAGUCCCUGAAGGACACCUGGGGUUUGCGGCAGCACCGAGACGGCCGAUGGGACUGGGUAGAGGCCCCCGCAAAGCGCGGUGCUCCUCCAGAACCCAGGUUUCAGCAUUCCUGCAUCUUCCUGGACUCCAAGCUCUUGAUCGUCGGCGGGCGUGGGCCAGAGGUCAAUAAGAUUUUGCCCACCGCUGUCUAUGACACAGAGACCUGCGAGUGGCACAAUCUUUGUAGUCUCCAGAGAUUCCGACACUCCUCUUGGGGAAUGGGCACCCUCCUCUUCUCGUAUGGCGGCUUCGACCACAAGAAUCCGUCUGCACCGACUUCAGAUCUGCAGGUCAUGGACAUCGAAGUGGCCAUCGCGGCAUCCCAAAGUGGCGUUGUCGCGAAGGGCGAAGAGGCAGAAGCCACGGAAACUAGCUUGGAGGCUGCAACGGCUCCAGCAGGCACGCUGGACCUUGCACCGCCGAACUACCCAGGAAGCUCGAAAGCACGGGAGACGCGGCCUGGCACCUCGGACGGGACGCGACCGGCAACACCGCCCCGGAGCCGAGCUUUGGCGACAGCUCCGGCCAGCCGCGGCGUGGAUCUAACCCCUGGCGACGUCAAAGUGUCACCGCAGGUGUACGUCAGCCAUGAAAAAGAUUUCACGCACUUGGUCGAAAAGGUUAAUAUCGAGUCCCUCGCAGAAGAGGGUCGGAAGAUCCACUCCUCCAACGUGAUGGCGAACAUCGCCAGCAAACCUGGAGACGAGGGGAUCCACACUCACGUUAUCAACGAACUGCUGCAGCCAACUACGUGGCAGCCAGAUGCAAACCCAAACAGCUUCUUCCUGAAUGCUGCGGAGGUGAGUCGGCUCUGCGACCUGACUUUGGAGGUGCUGAGGUCCCAAGAGAUGGUGCUGCGACUGCGGGCUCCUAUCAAGGUCUAUGGCGACAUCCAUGGGCAGUUCUUAGACCUCAUGCGCCUGUUUUCCAGGUACAAGGCCCCCUGGGAUGGUGACAACGGUGACAUUGACUCAAUGGACUAUCUCUUCCUGGGCGAUUUCGUAGAUCGCGGCGCCUUCUCGCUGGAGACCGUUUGUCUUCUGUUCUCACUGAAGGUGAAGUAUCCCAACCAGAUACAUCUGAUCCGGGGGAACCAUGAGGACCCAACCAUUAACGCAAUCUACGGCUUCCGCGAUGAGUGCCGGCGUCGCCUGAACGAGGAGCCCGAGGAUCCCGAGUCCUGCUGGAACAAGUUCAACAGAGCUUUCGAGUGGCUUCCAGUUGGGGCCGUGAUUGAAGAUCGGAUCCUUUGCCUUCAUGGAGGCAUCGGAGGCUCCGUGAACAAUGUGGCAGAAGUGCGAACCAUGCAGAGGCCUCUGCAUGUGGCCCAGAUCCCUCAGACGCCGUUUGAACAACGGAUUACGGACCUCCUGUGGAGCGAUCCGUCAGACAAUGACUCUGUUCCGGGAGUGUCUCUCAACGAGACUCGCGACCCUGAUGGAACUGGGCGCAUUGUGAAGUUCGGCCCAGACAGGGUGGAGGAGUUCCUGGAAAAGAACAAGCCUUUGUCGAUGAUCAUCCGAGCACACGAGUGCGUCAUGGACGGCUUUGAGCGCUUUGCCAACGGCCGCCUGAUCACCGUGUUCAGUGCCACGGACUACUGUGGGCACCAUAAGAAUGCGGGAGCGCUCCUUUUUGUACGGCGCGAUCUGACCAUCGUGCCAAAGUUGAUCUACCCUGUCGAGCGCACCACCACGAUGUGGGAUCCCAUGGUCAUGCAGCAGAGACCUCCGACACCCCCUCGGCCAGUGCCAAGGGCAAGGAAACUUGGCGAGGAUGAGCCCGGCAUAGAUUGGUGA